AUGCUUCGACGGACCUUUGCUACUGGAGUGAGAACAUUGCAGCAACAAGCGGGCUCGAAAGAAGCUGUCAUUUCUCACUCAGAUUUUUUAUCAAAGUACUAUCCGAAAGAACUACUGAAAUCGAUACAACUUGCCGAAAGUGUGAUACCAGCUGAUACCGAAUUCAAAGUUUCUACAAAUGUUGAAUUUGCGCCUUCCUAUUUAGACGAUUUUGCAAAGCUUGACUCAUAUUGGGAUUACAAGCCGGGCCUUCCAAACGUUCAUUCUCAAUCGGUGUCGACUCAGUACCGAUUUGAUCAAGUUCAACAAAGAUUGCCUGGAGGCCGUGUUGUGCCACCUGGAGCUUCUGUGCCCAAUGCUGCAGGUGGCCGCUCGUCCCCUGUGGCAGACAUCGCCAAAGGAUUGGCAAUUCAGACCGGUAUGAGUGCUGACUAUAUUAUGAAAAAUCUGGUUAUGCGUCCGCUUGUUUUAAAACGAGUUUCAAACCAGACCGGUAAAGGUAAAAUCCCCAGUUUUUACUCUUUGGUGGUUGUAGGUGACAAGAACGGUAUGGUAGGCCUUGGAGAGGGCAAAUCGCGCGAGGAAAUGUCAAAAGCGGUAUUCAAAGCUCAUUGGGAUGCAGUGCGGAACUUGAAAGAAAUUCCACGUUACGAGAACAGAACCAUUUACGGUGAUAUUGAUUAUCGAUAUCACGGCGUCAAACUGUUUUUGCGUGCUGCAAAACCCGGUUUCGGUUUGAGAGUUAACCACGUCAUAUUCGAGAUUUGCCAAUGUGCAGGCAUCCAGGAUCUAAGUGGAAAAGUCUACAAGAGUCGGAAUGACAUGAACAUAGCCAAGGGUUUCGUUGAAGCCCUAACAAAUGCUCAAAAAACUUUGGAUGAAAUUGCACUUGGAAGGGGUAAAAAAGUCGUAGAUGUAAGGAAAGUCUACUAUUCCAGUUGA